UCAGCUUAGAAGUUCUCUUAAACUAUAUUCUUUUUAACGUAAUAAAUUUUAUUCCAGUUGCCUCCACAAUAUCGUAGAAGCUGUAUCUCCAAAAGUUUUCUUGCCAUUCGCAGAAUGUGGUGUGAGAAAUGCUGGCGACCAAAACGACAAUCGAGCUCAGUAUCACAUGCAGGCUAUCGUGGUUAUCCAGCAACAGGACGGUACUUCGACGGUGCAGUCGUUCAUGGCUCAAUGCGUACAUCAGAAGAUUAAAUAUAAUAAACAAACACUGCCAAGAAGAAUUGAGGAGGCGUUGGAGGAACUGCGCCUCGUAGCUACAAAACUCGAACAAAAAGCUCCUCUCCCUCAAGUUGAAAUGAAGAUAGUUGUUGAUGAGCACCAUAACAUUGGUCCUGAAGUGAGUGAGGUGGAUAUUGGCAUGCCAUUAGCUGUGCAAUGGAAAUUGCUUCCUGAAUCAGAUGCCUACGGUUUCCAUGUGAAAAACUGCAUAGUGAAGGAUGACAUCAGUGGUGUCGAGCAUAAGAUGAUAGAUGAGCUUGGCUGCUCUACGGAUUUGGGCAUCUUCGCUCAUCCACAUUACGAUACAUAUCACGAUACAGCUUCAUCGCAUCUAUGGGCGUUUAAGCCGCCCUUCUGCCCCGACCUCAUUACCUCUCCAUCGAACUCGAUUCUUUAUGAUGCCGAAGGCGCUUUCCUCAAGCAUCGAAGACAGAUUGGAGCCGAGAUGACUCAAUCAGUCAAAGCCAUAUUGUGCACAGGAGGUUCAUGUGAUCCAGAGCAACUGGCAUUGAACAAGAAAUGCUUUGAUCUGUACUGGGUGGCUGCCUCUACUGGCUUUUCCUUUGCAUCUCUUAUCGCUGCCAUCGUUAUUCAUCUCGUUGUCAAGGCAAGAAUAUCUCGUCAAUGA